UUACUUUCUCGGAGUUACAUCACUGGGUAUCAGGCUUCAAAGGAUGAUAUCACUGUGCUUGCAGCUCUUGCAAAACCCCCAUCCUCGGAAUAUGUGAAUGUGCUGCGAUGGUACAAACAUAUUGAGGCACUUCUGAGGAUUUCUGGUGUUUCCGGAGAAGGUUGUGGUGUCACCAUCAAGGGAGAUGCUCCUGUCAUAGCAGCUGAAACAAAGGCCUCAGCUGCUGAAGAAGAUGAUGAUGAUGUGGAUCUUUUUGGUGAAGAAACCGAAGAGGAGAAGAAGGCUGCUCAAGAACGUGCAGCCUGCGUCAAGGCAUCUGCAAAAAAGAAAGAGUCCGGCAAGUCGUCAGUUCUGAUGGAUGUCAAACCAUGGGAUGAUGAAACCGACAUGCAAAAACUUUUGGAAGCAGUAAAAAAUGUUCAGAUGGAAGGUUUGCAUUGGGGAGCAUCCAAACUUGUACCUGUUGGGUACGGGAUAUAGAAGUUGCAGAUAAUGCUAACAAUUGUUGAUGACCUGGUCUCUGUGGACACUCUCAUUGAGGAACAUCUCACAGUUGAACCAAUUAAUGAGUAUGUCCAAAGCUGCGAUAUUGUAGCCUUCAACAAAAUAUGAUUUGAAGUUGAAGUAGCAACGGUUGCUAGGAAAAUUCAUCAUAUUAAUUCCUAUUAUGUUUCUUGGAAUUGGAUAGAUACUUCUGGCAUCUUUUGAAGUUUAUUUUGUUUACAUUG